UUUAUCCCUCUGUAGGGAAUUCAGGCCCCAGGAGGGUGUUCCUUCUUGAAUGGAUAGCCUCACACCUCCGAACAAUGUGACUGAAUUUUUUCUCUUGGGACUCACGCAGAAUCCACGCUUGCAGAAAAUACUCUUCGUGGUCUUUUUGUUCAUUUUUCUAUUUACUGUGCUUGCCAAUCUGCUCGUUGUCAUCACCAUCUCCCUCAGCCCCACACUUUCCGCUCCCAUGUAUUUCUUUCUUACUUACUUGUCUUUUAUAGAUGCCUCCUACACCUCUGUGACCACCCCCAAAAUGAUCAUCGACCUGCUGUAUCAGAGGAGAACCAUCUCCUUGGGUGGCUGCCUGACUCAGCUCUUUGUGGAGCACUUCCUGGGAGGAUCAGAGAUCAUCCUCCUUAUUGUCAUGGCCUAUGAUCGCUACGUGGCCAUCUGCAAGCCCCUGCACUACACAACCAUCAUGCGACAGGGGCUCUGCCGCCUCCUGCUGGUGGUGGCCUGGCUAGGGGGGAUCCUGCAUGCCGCUGUGCAGACGCUUUUCAUGGUCAGCUUGCCCUUCUGUGGUCCCAACGUCAUUGACCACUUCAUGUGCGAUCUCUUCCCUCUGCUGAAACUUGCCUGCAGCGACACCUACAGGUUGGGAAUGGUGGUGGCGGCCAACAGUGGGGCCAUGUGCUUGCUCAUUUUUUCCAUGCUACUCGUCUCGUACAUAGCCAUUCUGAGGUCCCUGAAUUCCCACGGCGCCGAAGGACGACACAAAGCCCUCUCAACAUGUGGCUCCCACUUUGCCGUAGUUGUACUUUUUUUUGUGCCUUGCAUAUUCACCUACAUGCGUCCUGUGGUCACCUACCCUGUGGAUAAGCUGGUGACCGUGUUCUUUGCCGUCCUCACUCCCAUGUUAAAUCCUAUCAUUUAUACAGUGAGAAACACAGAGGUGAAAAAUGCCAUGAGGAGUCUGUGGAAGAAGAGAGUUAGGCUGUUCAUAAUGCCAAGGAAGUGA